CCGGGAGAGCCCGGCCUGGGCAGGUUUCCUUAUCCGGGGCUCGGCGUGGCCCUCGCCAUUGGCCCGCGCUGUCACAUGGCCAACUUUGUUCACUUGACAAAAUUAAUGGCCAUGAGCUCGUUCCUGAUCAACUCCAACUACGUGGACCCCAAGUUCCCACCCUGCGAGGAAUAUUCCCACAGCGAUUACCUUCCCAGUCACUCGCCGGAGUACUACCAGAGGCACCGGGACGCUCCGUUCCACCAUGACGAGGCGAUGUACCGGCCCGGGGCGCGGGCCGCCUGCGCGGAGCAGCCGUACGCGCCGUGCCCGGGCUCCGCGCAGCCCCGCGGAGGAGGCGCCGCCGAGCCGCGGCCGCGCAGCCCCAGCCCGCCCCCCGCCUGCAGCCGCGGCCCCGCCGAGCCCGUGCUUUACCCCUGGAUGAAAAAAGUCCACGUAAGCUCGGUGAACCCCGGUUUGUGCGGCGGGGAGGCGAAGCGCUCGCGGACGGCGUACACACGGCAGCAAGUUCUGGAACUGGAGAAGGAGUUCCACUACAACCGGUACCUGACGCGGCGCCGGCGCCUGGAGAUCGCGCACGCCCUGAGCCUCAGCGAGCGCCAGAUCAAGAUCUGGUUCCAGAACCGCAGGAUGAAGUGGAAGAAGGAUCACAAAUUGCCCAACACCAAGGUCAGGUCCAGCUCCUCCUCGUCCAGCGCCCUGCAGGCCCCACAGGGAGGAUCCCAAACCCGAUCCCACGGACCAGCGGUCACCCUAUAA